AUGAAGAUAUUGCUUGUUAACCCUAACAGCUCGGAGAAGGUCUCUCGUAACAUGAGAAAUGUGCUAUCUCCACCAGAGAGUGUAAACUUGGACACUUAUACUGCGCCAGAUUCGUCUCCUCGUGAAAUCACUGGUAUUGAAACAUCCAAACAAUCAGAAACCGUCGUGUUAGAGGAUAUAAAGAACCGUCGUAUUGCAGAAGAGUACGAUGGGUUUAUAGUAUGCUGCUACUCGGACCACCCGUUGAUUAAAAGCUUGGCAGCUUUGAGCAAUAAGCCUGUCAUGGGAAUCAUGCAAGCAACCCUUUUGUAUGCUCUUCUGAAUCCUAACAUUCAGAAGCUGUUUAUCCUCACAAGUACUAGUGGAUGGGAACCGCUUCUUGACCAGGGUAUCAUAGACUUCUUGGGCGUUGAUGGGUUUCCUGCCAAAAAAUUUCAGAAAACGAUCGGCUUGGAUAUUGCAGUUACUAACCUUGCAAACGAGGAAGAAUACGGUAAAAUCAGGGAGAAAGUUAGGUUCAUAUUGGGGCACCAAUACAAGACAGACAACAUUGAUUGUGUUUUGUUGGGAUGUGCUGGUAUGGCAGGUCUCAAUUCCAAAUUAGGUGCUGAUUUCCCUGGAGUAUUCUUCAUCGACAGUGUUGAAAUUGCAUUGGAGCUCUUGAUAGGGCUCAUCAGAUUUUCUAAGUAG